GAGGAGAAGAACCAAAUAGAGAGUUUCUGGAAAGCUGUACCUGUUGUAGAGUGCUACAAAUCGCCAUGGCAGUCGCAUCUAACCUCACGAAUCUGCCAUCGAAAUCGCUGGUUCCAGUUCGCUCGCUCUCUUCCUCUUUCUUCCACGCACCCGACAUCGGGAAUUCCGUCAGAUUACCGUUGAAGAGAUGUCCGGAAUCGACAUCAAUCGGGUUCAAGUCACGGAGAUCAACCGGGUGUUCUGUUAGGGUCAUGUCUUCUUCUUCUUCUUCUUCUUCGUCUUCCUCGUUCGGAUCGAGACUUGAGGAGAGCGUGAAAACGACUGUGGGGGAGAACCCUGUCGUUGUGUACUCCAAAACCUGGUGCUCAUACUCAUCUGAAGUGAAGUCAUUGUUCAAGAGGCUCGGAGUUCAGCCACUGGUUAUUGAAUUGGAUGAACUUGGUCCACAAGGGCCACAACUGCAGAAGGUGCUGGAGAGACUCACUGGACAGUAUACCGUUCCAAAUGUUUUCGUUGGAGGCAAGCACAUCGGCGGCUGUACAGAUACCCUGAAGCUGUACAGGAAAGGAGAACUUGAACCCAUGUUAGCUGAAGCCAACGCUCAAAGCCCACAGAGCUAAGAGAUGAUGAUGAUGAAGCGACAUAUGCUCGCUGUCUUGUUGAAAAUUCGGUGAUGUCGUAAGAGCUCGUUAAGGUUAAUCUCGAACUCAUUCAUUUAGUAAUCUCAAGAACUUUCUUUAGUAGUAGCCAUUUAUUUAGUUCCCAAUGGCAUAGUUACAUGCAAAGUUAAUGUCCUUUUGCUCUGAAAGCUCUAAGCUUUGUUUUGAACAUGCCAUGUCUGUACGGUCCAAUCCAAUGAUGCUACAAUUCCCAUUUCAA